AUGACCUCUCUCGAGGGGUUGAUAUCACCGGAUGUCUCGGACGGUGGCCCCUUGAUGGCACCUGACUUAAUUUGCAACUACAUCGACGACUUCACUAAUGAGGCCCCAUACAGCGACAACUCAGGCUACUGCACUUUACAUGAAAUAGCCUGGAAAAAUAAAGACCGUAGUGCCCUUUUCGAGGAUGUCGUUGGCUCUUACAAGUCCCUCAAGAUUUUCGUAAAAUUCACUGAUGGAUUUCAAGAACGCCUGUUGGUCACUCCUGAAUAUAAAGUCGCUCUUUCCGAUGCAAAACUCUGGUUCGACGGACAGGAAGUCCCAAAAACAACGUUCACCCAGCAGGAUUCUUAUUGGAUGCCGACGAAGGACGAAGAUGAAGGCGAGGACCAGCAGAUGGCUUCCGAUGAUGAAGACCAGCAGAUGGAUUCCGAUGAUAAACGUGAAAGCCGGCAUAUGGGUACUGAUGAUGGUCCGGAUUGGCCCACCUCAUCCGAAGCCCAAGGUGCCUUUAUCGUCUGUGGGAUCCCCGGUAUCGGGAAGAGUUCUUUUCUAUAUUACGUUCUCGUAGAACGUCUCCUUGCAAAUCUUCCCACUUGUUUCCAGACCGAACCCGACGUCUUUACCUAUUGGUGUGACAAGGGUGUGUUUCGAUGCAAACUGGAGCGUACGGAGACGGGUUUCCUCAUCCCGAGCCGUGUUUGGUUUCUUGUGGAUUCAAACAAGAAGAUCGAAGAACCCGAUACAAAAAUAUUGAAUACGCAUGCACGGGUUAUCCAAGCGGCUUCGCCACGGAAGAAUCGUCUCGAUUGGACACGAAAACGAAGUAUAUUCACAUAUAUUUGGUACAUGAAGCCCAGCCCACUGUCAGAGCUGUUGAUCAUGAAGCAAUUCUGGCCGAGAAAGCCCUCAGAUGAGCAAGUGACAAAAUUUGUGGCGAAUUAUGGUCCAUCUGCUCGCCUCAUUGCUGGUUUUGCUCAUGCGACCGACGAAUACGGUGAACAACUGUAGGUGCUCCUUAGCAGCCUGACUCUGAAAAAGCUGCGACAACUUCUAAAUCAACUACCGCGGCUGGACGCUGCUGACAAGGACAUUGCUCAUUGGAUCCUGGGCGUAUACCCAGGUGAAAAACGCAAUCGCAAAGCAGUUGGAUUUCAUACACCAGAAAUCUACCGUCUGCUCCCAGGCGGAGAUCGCCUCAAGCAUUUUCACUCGAGUUCUAGUGCUUCAUAUGUAACGUGCUACUGGUACUUGAGCUACGGGAAUUUGAACUGUAUCUGGUAGGUAUCGUUGAAUAAUGUAGAGGAAAUUAUUGACGGCCAUGUCCUUACCCAAAUAUG